UCAAACAAAAUAAAAUAAACAAUGUAUCUCGUGAGAAAAGCGUAGUGAGAGAACUCAGUUGAGCGACGUCAUGGUGGAUACGAAAGCAGACAACACUAUAAAUAAAACAAAUGCGGCUAUCGUCGAUGCUUUGCUCAUAUGGAAAAUAUGGAUAGCACUAUUGGAACGCAAUUCAUUGCGCGUUAGAACAACACAGUUUGGAUUGUCGCAGUGAUUUUUAUUUGGAGUUUUGAUACACAACACCUGACACUCUCUUCGGUGAAAAUAAUCUUAUUUCGUUUUUUUUAAUUAAUUGUACGAAAUUUUUCAAAUAUUUUGAAAAAGGAUACUUCGUGUUGAACGAAAAUUAGAAUAAAAAUGUGUUAAAAAAUGACUGCUUUCUUCAAGUAACAGAGGCGACCUUGAAUUUCCAUAUGUUUGCUAUUAUGUCAUGAAUCAAUUUUCACUCUUUGCACCGGAAAAAUCCGAUUCUUUUGACAAGUAUUAUUGCUGAUUCUGAUUAUAUGUGGAAUCAACUUAUUGGUCAGUGGUGUCGAACGCAUAAUAUUUAUCAAACAAACUUUUACACGAUUUUUAUUUAAUUUCCAAAAAAAGUUUAAGGAAAUAUCAAUUGCAGUGCUAUAAUCGUGAAGUGGCACACUCGUGGUAAAUUGCCUAAUUUAAUCGAUACAAAUCAGCCGAAAAAUUCUGCUUCACCUUAUCAUAUCAAUAUCAUAUGGUACGGUAAUGUCACUUGCAUGCCAUUCAUGUGAGCUAUUAACGGUGAGAUUUUGGAGCUAAACGUGAUACCGAAUCGGAUUUGAAAGAGAGACAAUUCGGUACAUAUGCACCAUGUGAUAAUCAGUAACCAGUAAUAGCGUAUAUUUUUUGUUGCUGAUAAAUAAUUGAACAAGUGUGCAAAGAAUCUAAAAUCACCACUAAUCGAUUGCCGUGUAUUACAAUGUCUACUUCUCUCUGCCCAUCUAUUUCCUUCUCUCCCGUCCUUAACCAAACCAAUUGAAGACACAAACGAGUAUAUCGAUGCCAUUCAGCUAAUACACGAGUUAGGAAAGGUGAUAAAGUCAAAAGAAAGCAGGAAAAGGUUAAUCGAACGCGAUCGCAAUAAAGUGAAGAAAAAAGAAUAACAAAAUAAAUAAAUGAAAGCCUAGUAAAGUGAAUACGGAAAAAUCAAGCGAAUUUUUUUUGUGUAUUCACUUCGCGUGCAUACACAUGAUUAUCACUAGGUAACAAACUGUUUGAGAUUACUUGAAAUUACGAUCGAAAAAACCGCUUGUCCAUGCGAAUUUCAUGCUCUCGUUCUCUCCGCACACACAAACGGGUCAAUCAUUCUAAUACGUUGUCGCAUCUAAGUCACGACGACCGAAAGUAAAAACAAACGACAAACCGAACGAACAAUGGUGUAGCUGUAAAUCUUGUACAUAUUGUGAGUGAGAGAGCAUCGCGUGUACAAUUUUUUAAAACACAAUACAAACAACCAGCCACACCACCAACCAACGCAACACGCACGUAUACGUAUAUAUGUACACGUUUUGCUCGGACGAUAUUUUUUGCUCUCUACGAAACGAGAUUAGUCAAUGUCAAUCGUAUUCGCACUUCUCAUACACACAAACACAAGCACAUACACUCAUCGGAAUAGCAAUCAGCAGAUAUCGUUCGAUUCGGUUGUUCGUUGCGAGCACCACGGAAAAGUCAAAUAGUAUUGCAUCCUGCACAAUCCAUUCAGUUCGCUACCAAACUCCGGUUGGAUCGUAUGAACCAAACAGAGAAAAAAAUAAACACUGGCUUUUGAAUACGAAUUAGAAUUGUGAAAUUCUACUUUGAAUAUUAACUGAAAAGCAAAUCAACUGUUUGAAUUUUCAGCACAUUUUUGGGAUUACCAGAAUUUACAAUUAUUCUUCUCAUCCAUUUGAGAAAUUGUUAAGUCAAAAGUAACAAAAACGUAUCAAGAAAAUGCCUGCAAGAUUCGAAGACGUAGCAACUGAAAACAACCGCACCGGUGCACCUCUGGACCUGGGUGGAUCCGGUCAAUACCAAAAGUUGGCUGAUGAGGUUGUUAUCAGCGGUUUCUCAGGACGUUUGCCGGAAAGUUCAACAAUCGAAGAAUUCAAGGACAAUUUGUUCAAUGGCGUCGAUAUGGUAAAUGAUGAUCCACGCCGUUGGCCAAAGGGUUUAUAUGACCUACCAACCAGAAUCGGUAAAAUUAAGGACGAAGAUUUGGAAAAGUUCGACCAACAAUUUUUCAGUGUGCAUCAGAAACAAGCCGAAUGUAUGGAUCCACAAAUGAGAAUGUUGCUCGAAGCAACACAUGAAGCUAUCAUUGAUGCCGGUUUCAAUCCACAAGAAUUGCGUGGAAGUCGCACAGGUGUUUACAUCGGUGUAUCAAACUCGGAAGUUGAACAAUACUGGUGUGCCGAUCCAGACCGUGUUAAUGGCUACGGUUUGACUGGAUGUGCUCGUGCUAUGUUUUCCAAUCGUCUUUCAUUCACUUUCGACUUCAAAGGACCAAGUUAUGCAUGUGAUACCGCCUGCUCAAGUUCAUUGUAUGCCUUGUCACAAGCUUUCUCCGAUUUGAAGGCUGGCCACUGUGAUUCGGCUAUUGUUGCCGGAGCUGGUCUCAUUUUGAAACCGACUAUGUCAUUGCAAUUCAAACGUUUGAGCAUGUUGAGCGCUGAUGGAAAAUGCAAGGCAUUCGACGAAAGUGGUGCCGGUUAUGUGCGUUCAGAUGGUUGUGUUGUAAUUUUCUUGCAAAAAGCCAGCCAAGCUCGUCGUAACUACGCAUCCAUUUUGAAUGUUCGCACUAACACUGACGGUUACAAAGACCAAGGUAUCACAUACCCAAUUGGCGCUAUGCAAAACCGUUUGAUUCGAGAAACAUAUGAAGAAAUUGGAUUGCAUCCACACGAUGUUGUCUAUGUUGAAGCUCACGGUACUGGUACCAAAGUUGGUGAUCCACAAGAAGUCAACUCAAUCACCGAUUUCUUCUGCAAAGACCGUAAAACACCAUUGUUGAUCGGUUCAGUUAAAUCUAACAUGGGCCAUUCAGAACCAGCAUCAGGUGUUUGCUCAAUCGCUAAAGUCUUAUUGGCUAUGGAAGCUGGUGUUAUUCCAGGAAACUUGCACUACAAAUCACCAAAUCCAGAUUUGUACGGUAUUGUUGACGGCCGUGUUAAAGUUAUUGACCGUAACACACCAUGGAACGGUGGUAUCAUCGGUUUGAAUUCAUUUGGUUUCGGUGGUGCUAACGCUCACGUUAUCAUGAAAUCAAACCCAAAACCAAAAUCAACCACCCCAAGUGACACCAUCCCACGUUUGGCUGUAUUCUCCGGUCGUACCAGCGAGGCCGUUGAUUUGCUUUUGGAAGAAGCCGAGAAAAACAAAACUGAUGAAGAAUUCUUCAGCUUGGUCAACGAAAUCCAUUCAAAGAACAUCCCAUUGCACUAUCACCGUGGUUAUACCGUUGUCGGUGACAUCACAACUGUUCGCGAGGUCAACGAAGUGGUCGACGAUAAACGUCCAAUUUGGUACAUUUACUCUGGUAUGGGAUCACAAUGGGCUAGCAUGGCUAAAGAUUUAAUGCACUUGGAAAUUUUCCGCAACAGCAUCAACCGUUGUGCAGAUGCUUUGCGCCCAGAAGGUGUUGAUUUGGUUAAAAUCCUCACCGAAAGCGAUGAAUCAACAUUCGAUCACAUUUUGAAUUCAUUCGUUUCAAUUGCCGCCGUUCAAGUUGCUCUCACUGAUGUUUUGACCCACUUGGGCAUUGGCCCGAGUGGAAUUGUCGGUCACUCAGUUGGUGAAUUGGGCUGUGCCUAUGCUGAUGGAUGCUUCACACCAGAACAAACUGUUUUGGCUGCAUAUUGGAGAGGUCGCAGCAUCUUGGAUACUGAUUUGAAGAAGGGUAUGAUGGCUGCUAUCGGUCUAUCAUGGGAAGAUACUAAGGCUCGUGCUCCUGCUGACAUAACCGCUGCAUGCCACAACAGCAAUGACAGCGUUACAAUUUCUGGUCCACCAGAAUCAAUCACCAAAUUCGUUGAAGAAUUGACCAAGGAAGGUACCUUUGCCAAGGCCGUCAAAUCAUCUGGAUAUGCCUUCCACAGCAAAUACAUCGCCGAUGCUGGACCAAAAUUGCGAAAAUCAUUGGAACGAAUAAUUCCAAACCCAAAAAACCGUACAUCACGCUGGCUCAGUACAAGCAUUCCAGAAUCCGGCUGGACAACACCAAUCGCUCAACAGAGCUCAGCCGCUUACCAUGUCAACAAUUUGCUUUCACCAGUCCUUUUCCACGAAGCCAUUCAACACGUUCCAAAGAACGCUAUUUGCAUUGAAAUCGCACCAACUGGUUUGUUGCAAGCAAUUUUGAAGAGAUCAUUGGGCGGUGAGGCCGUCAACUUGAGCUUAUUGAAACGUGGCCACGAAAACAAUCUCGUUUUCUUCUUGCAAAACAUCGGAAAAUUGUAUGCCGCCGGUGCUCAACCACAAGUUUCAAAAUUGUACGCACCAGUUUCAUAUCCAGUUGGUCGCGGAACCCCUAUGUUGAACUCGAAAGUUGGCUGGGAGCACUCACAACGUUUCAUGGUCCCGAAAUUUGGAAUGGAUUCAACCUCCGGUGAAACUGUAGUCGAUGUUAACCUCACCAAAGACGAAGACGCAUACUUGGCCGGUCACACAAUUGACGGUCGUGUUCUGUUCCCAGCUACUGGUUACAUGACAUUGGCAUGGCGUACAUUUGCCAAGACCAAGAACAGCACCUUCGAAAAGACUCCAGUCGUUUUGGAAGAUGUUGUCUUCCAUCGUGCCACCAUUUUGCCAAAAGACGGUUCAGUCAAAUUCGGCGUUAACUUCUUCGAUGGCACCGGACGUUUCGAAAUCUGCGAAGGUGGUUCAUUGGCCGUUUCGGGUAAAAUCUACGUUCCAGAAGAUGUUGAAUUAGAACAAUUACCAUUGGAUCCACUUGAACAAGACAAAUCAGGUUUACCAUUGAAGGCUGGUGAUGUGUACAAAGAAUUGCGUCUUCGUGGUUACGAUUAUGCUGGUAAAUUCCGUGGUGUUAGCGAAUCAGAUUCGAAGGCUAUCGCUGGUAAAUUGCAAUGGGAAGACAAUUGGGUCAGUUUCAUCGAUACCAUGUUGCAGUUCAGUAUUUUGGGCAAAGAUUUGCGCGAAUUGUACUUGCCAACCCGUAUCGAACGUGCCGUUUUAAAUCCAUCGAAACAUUUUGAAAUCGUUGAAAGUUUGAAACAAAACAAGUCCGAUGUCCCAGUUUACAUGUACAAAGACAUCAAUGUCAUCAAAUCAGGUGGUGUUGAAUUGCGCGGAUUGAAGGCUUCAUUGGCUCCACGUCGUUCAGGCACUCAAUCGCCACCAAUUAUGGAAAAAUACAACUACGUACCAUUCAAAAAUGCUAACCAAGACUUGUCAAAGAAUCCAGAACGUGCUCGUUUGCAUGCCGUUUCGGUUGCAGCCCAUUUGGCCAUUGAAAACAGCAGCGGGGCAUUGAAAGUCAAAGUGGCUGAUGUUGUUGAAAGCAAAACCGUUGAAAGUGCUCUUGCACAAACGAUUCAAUUCGUUGUCGAAAGCGAACCAACACUGGCCAGUGAUGUAGCCAUUGUCACAAACCAACCAACCGAACCAUACGUUCAAGCUGUCGGUGAAUCGGGUAUUCGUGUCGUUGCCAAAGAUCCAAGCACUGGCCCAGUCGAAUCAAACUGCCAUUUGGUGGUUGCCUACGAUGUUGUGCCACGUGUCAACGCAAACAUUGUUUUAGAUAAUCUCAAAGCGUCAAUCAAGGAAGAUGGUUUCAUUUUGCUCGAAGAAAAUGUCGUUGGAUACGACGAAGCUGACGCCAACAAAUUGUUUGCCAGCUUCAACUUGGCCACAGUAUCAGUUCAACGUGCCGCAAACAAAUACUUUGUUUUACUUCGCGCAGUCAUCGACAUCACCACUCGAAACAAAACCGUUGUUUUGAUCACCGAAAAGAACUACUCAUACGUUGAAGAAUUGAAAUCGGCUUUGGCUAACGCAGAAAAGGACAACACUUACGUUUAUGUUGUUGGACAAGGCGAAGAAUUGUUGGGUGCCGUCGGUUUCAUGAACUGUAUCAAGAACGAAAACGGAGGCAAAUUCGCUCGUUUGGUAUUCAUUCAAGACGCAAAGGCCGAGAAAUUCUCAUUCACAAGCAAAUUAUACUUGGAACAAUUGAACAAGGAUUUGAUCAGCAGUGUGUACAAGAAUGGCGGCUGGGGUUCAUUCAGACACUUGAAAUUGGACGUACAAGGUGCAGUCUCAAAUUUGCAAGUUGAACAUGCUUACGUGAACGCAUUGACCAAGGGUGAUUUGUCAAGUUUGUCAUGGAUUGAGAGCCCAUUGACUCGCCAAUUGCCAGAUCCCAAGGACAACCGCGUCGAAUUGUGCUCAGUGUACUAUGCACCAAUAAACUUCCGUGACGUCAUGUUGAGCUCUGGAAAAUUGGCAGCCGAUGCUUUGCCAGGAGAUUUGGCCACUCAAGAUUGUAUCUUGGGAUUGGAAUUCUCGGGACGUGAUUCGACCGGAAAACGUAUCAUGGCUAUGGUUCAAGCAAAAUCACUUGCUACAACUUGUGUCGCUCAACGCAACAUGAUCUGGGAAAUUCCAAGCCACUGGACCAUGGAACAAGCAUCAACUGUUCCAUGUGUUUACUCAACUGUCUACUAUGCUUUGGUUGUUCGUGGUAAAAUGAAGAAGGGCGAAUCGAUUUUGAUUCACGCCGGUGCCGGUGGUGUUGGUCAAGCAGCCAUCAGUGUUGCUUUGCAUCAUGGAUUGACCGUUUACACAACUUGCAGCAAAGACAAACGUGAAUUCCUGAAGAAGACUUUCCCACAAUUGACUGACGCUAACAUCAGCAACUCACGUGACACAUCAUUCGAACAGUUUGUCAUGCGUGCCACCAAAGGAAAGGGUGUCGAUUUGGUUUUGAAUUCACUUGCCGAAGAAAAGCUUCAAGCUUCAAUUCGUUGCUUGGGUCUCAAUGGUCGUUUCUUGGAAAUCGGAAAACUCGACUUGAACAACAAUUCGCCAUUGGGAAUGUCGGUGUUCUUGAAGAACACAUCAUUUCACGGAAUUUUGUUGGACAGUGUCAUGGAAGGUGACGAUGAAACCAUCGAAACUGUUGUCGGUUUGGUUGCCGAAGGUAUCAAGAACGGAGCUGUUCGCCCAUUGCCAACCACCGUUUUCAACGACAAACAAAUUGAACAAGCCUUCCGUUUCAUGGCCAGCGGUAAACACAUCGGUAAAGUUGUUGUUAAGGUGCGCGAUGAAGAAUCACAAAAAGCAUUGAAACCAGCACCAAAAUUGCUUGCUGCCAUCCCAAGAACGUACAUGCACAACGAAAAAUCGUACAUAAUCGUCGGUGGUCUCGGUGGUUUCGGUUUGGAAUUGGCCAACUGGAUGGUGACCCGCGGUGCCACUAAAUUGGUGUUGACAUCACGUAGUGGUGUCAAGACCGGAUAUCAAUCGUUGAUGAUCCGUCGCUGGAGCGGCCGUGGCGUUGAAGUGUCAAUCGAUACAAACGAUGUGACCACAUUGAUUGGAGCACAAAACUUGCUCAAGGAAGCAAACAAAUUGGGACCAGUCGGUGGUAUCUUCAACCUUGCCGCUGUCUUGCGUGACGGUUUGUUGGACGAUCAAACGGAAGCCGAUUUCAAGACAGUUAACGUACCAAAAGUCGAUGGAACCAAACAUUUGGAUGUUGCUUCACGCGAUUUGUGCCCAUUAUUGGACUACUUUGUUUGCUUCUCGAGUGUGUCAUGCGGUCGUGGUAACAUCGGUCAAACGAAUUACGGUUUGGCCAACUCAGCCAUGGAACGUAUCUGUGAAAAUCGUCAAGCAUCCGGUUUCCCAGGUACAGCCAUCCAAUGGGGAGCCAUUGGUGAUACUGGUUUGGUCAUUGACAGUUUGGGUGACAACGACACCGUUGUUGGUGGUACUUUGCCACAACGUAUGGUAUCCUGUUUGCAAACCAUGGAUCUCUUCAUGCAACAACCACACUCAGUUCUCGCUUCAAUGGUCGUCGCUGAGAAACGCAAGGCCGAAAGCAGCGGAGUCAGUUUGGUGAGCUGUGUUGCCAACAUCUUGGGCUUGAAAGACUUGAAGAAUGUACCGGAUCAAGCAUCACUUGCUGAUUUGGGUAUGGACUCAUUGAUGGGUGCCGAAAUCAAACAGACAUUGGAACGAAGCUACGAUGUCGUUAUGAGCGCACCAGAAAUCCGUCAAUUAACGUUCGGAAAGCUUAAGGCUUUGGAAUCGGGCGACAGUGGUGCAGCACCAUCAGCAGCAGCCGGCGCUCAAACGAACGGCACACAAUCAGCAGCAUCAUCGGCUGUCGGUGACGGAACUCAAGUUGUGUUCACCGAUGAGCUCAUGCCAACUGAGGUCUUGGUUAAACUCGAAAGUAAAGCUCCAGUCGACAGCAAAGCACGUCCAUUGUUCGCUGUUCAUGCUAUCGAAGGUUUUGUUACUGCUUUGAAACCAUUGGCGGCCAAGCUUCCAGUUCCAGUUUAUGGUUUGCAAUGCACAAAAGACGCUCCAUUGACUUCAUUGAGUGACUUGGCUGCAUUCUACAUUAAACAAAUCAAAACCGUUCAAAAGACUGGCCCAUACGUGAUCAUUGGUUAUUCAUUCGGUGCAUCAGUCGCUUUUGAAAUGGUGUCACUCUUGGAGAAGGCCGGAGAAAAAGCCACUCUUGUCAUGUUGGAUGGUUCACCGAAAUACGUCAGCUGGUACACAGAGGCCCAUCAACAACGUCAAGAAGGUGGUGCCACGGAAUCACAAAAUGAAUCAUUCAGUUUGGCCUACUUCGGUUUGGUCGUUGCCAAUUUGGAUUACGUUAAAAUUGCCAAAGAAAUUGACUCUCUUGCAUCACUCGACUUGAAAUUGAAACGUGUUGCCGAACUCAUUAGCCAAAAGACGAAAUUCCCAUUGGAAACUGUGCAAUUGGCCGCAUCAACAUUCUAUAAGAAACUUAAGGCAGCCCAUUUGUACAAACCAGAACGCAAACUUGCCAGCAAUGUAACUCUCUUCAAACCAACCGAAAACUACGUCAAACUGGCCGCUGACUACGGUUUGUCAGAGGUUGUUAGCAACAAAGUAGAUAUUGUGACGGUGAAAGGUGACCACAGAACCAUUUUGACUGGCGAAUCCGUCGACAAGAUCUCCACCGUACUAGCAGCACUUGCUCAAUAAAUGGAAAUCAUCACAAAUACCGAUCUGUAUAUACGUCGAUUAGAGUUAAUUUAUAAUAAAUUAUAAACAAUUGCUUCCAAAGAAUAUAUGUCGCAACUGAUUUUGGUUUUGGAUAAUUCUGUGGCAGUUAUACAUUCAGGUCCACGUAUAAUUGGCACACAAUUACCCGCGAUAAAUCAACACGACAAUCUUCUUUUGCAGAGAAUCCAUACUAAAAUGACACAAGAUUAAUUAACGUAAACAUUCCAUUGAAUACGAUGUUUAAUUUAUUUAUGAAUUGAUUUUCAUCUUUAAACUAUAUUUUCUUGCCAAUGAAAUCACAACAAAGAAAAAACCAAUGAAUGAACAUAUGUGUUUUUUUCUAAACGCUUUCACUUCAAUGUAAAUUUGAUGGUUCAUUUAUUCAGCACGUGUUCGACCGAUUUCAUCGUUUGGAACGAACAACUGUCCGAUCGUUUUAAUCUUUUUGAUUGAAUGUGACUCAUGGAAUAUCGGGUCUUGAAAUAAAAAAAAUUGUAUACAUUGAAUUUAUAAUAAUAAAA